UAAUGUCUCAAGAUCUUUUCCCUAAUGAACCAAAUCUUAAUACUGCUAAUGAGGUUGAAUAAUAUAUAAAAACACUUUUGCAAUAUCAAGAUUCAUGCGAGAAAUCUGCAGAAUAUAUGCAGGCAGAUGCUGCUCAAAAAAGAAUAGUGGAGUUGAAAAAAUAAUUGGUAUAAAGAAGGAGAAAAGAAAUGCAAUAGGCCCAUAAUUAAUAAGAGUAAGAAAUUGAAAGAGCUCAUCUUGAAGAAUAUAAUUAAUUCAAUCAAUUCUGGGAUGAGAAGAUGUAAAAAUUUAAUGAUGAAGCUUCAGCUGUAGAAUCAGAAUUAUUAAACAAAUAAUAAAAUGAAUUUAAUAAAGUCUCUGAGGAAUUAGAAAGAACUAUUCCUUCAAGGCCAAAAGAAUCUUCUGAUGUUCUUAAUCUCAAAAAAAGAGAAGAAUAUUUAGCUAAACAAAAGAAGUAUACAUUUAUUUAAUUUUUUGUUAUGUUGAGGCAUAGAAAAUCAAAGAACAGAGAGUCUAAAUAGAAGAAGUUGACUAUUAGAAAUACUAAAUAGAAAGGACUUAUAAAAUAAACACUUAAUUGAAACAAUUAAAAAUGAGACAUAGAAAUGAAAUCAAUGCUCUUCAAUAAAGAAUUAAAGGAGGAUAAGAUGAAUAAAAAAAAAAUCGUAGUCUCGACCUAGAAAAGUACAGUUACAUCUUAUUAUAUAUAGAUUAUUAUAAAAAUAUCAAAAUAUCAAAAAAGAACUGGAAAUCAAAUAAAAGAUGGACAGAUUAGCAUUUGAAGGAUAAUUCACUAAUAAAGGUAGUUCCAAUCAAAGUGUUUAUAUGAGUUAAAUGUGAUUCUGU